AUGGUCAGACACAAGCCAAAAUGGAAGAGUCUCUUUGAUUACCAGAAUAUGAGUGACAGCUACCUCACGCUUACUAAAGUAAAAAAUGACCUGAGAAAAGACAAUGAACUCUUAAAGGAGCACAGUGGCCGGCUGGAUGAACAGAACAAACUUCUCAACAGGACUUCAGCUCAACUCAAGUCCAUGAAUCUCGCUCUGAGUUUGGAAAGCAGUGAGUUAAUGGAGCAAAUUGAGAAUCUGACCUAUACAAACACACAGCUCACACAAGAACACAAACAACUGGUCCAGUACACGUCUGAGCAAGAGGAAAAGAAGCUGAACAUGUCUGAAACCAUCAAACAUCUGGUCAGCUCCAACACGCAGCUGCAGGAGGAGAAACAACGGCUCUCUGAGACAAACAGCCUCCUGAGGGAUGAGCUGCUUCAAGUGAAGGAGAAGAACCAGGAGCUUAUGGAAAUCAAUGACAGGUUUCAAGGAGAAAUUCAAAAUCUGAGCGAAAAGAGUGGAGUUUUUUCGAAGGACGACUAUGAGAAGCUUCAGAGGGAAGUGACACAGCUUCAAGAACAAAACCAGAACCUGAGCACAGUGCUGGUGAAAGGAAGGCAGGAAGCAGCGGAGCAGGAGGGAAACAGGACAAGGGAGAUGGUGCAGAUGAUGGCAGAUGUACAGUCAGUAAAGGAGGCCUACCACGCUUUAGACCUCUACUGCCCUGUGGUCAAUCAGAAGACCAAAGAGCGGAUUUGCAAAAAGUGUCCGGACAGCUGGAGACUGUUAGAAACAAAGUGCUACUACUUCUCCUCUCGCAUGCUUAGCUGGAGCUCCAGCAGAGCCUGGUGCAGGACACAAGGGGGCGACCUGCUCAUCAUUAACAGUGAACAAGAACAGAACUUUAUUUUUGACACCAGCCGGGCACUGGAGCAGUCCAUCACCAGGCUGUGGAUCGGGAUGACUGAUGCAGAGGAAGAGGACGACUGGCGCUGGGUGGAUGGCAGCAAAGUUAACUCAGAUGUGCAGUACUGGCUGAGCAGACCAGGGAUGGCGACUGAGCCUGACGACUGGAAGCUGGAUGACCCUCUAGGAGAAGACUGUGGACACGUAGACACCAGUGAAAAUGCACUUAAGUCCUGGAUGGACGGCUCCUGUAAGAAACCUUACAGAUGGAUCUGUGAAAAGAACAUUUAG